GCCAUGAAUACCUCUAGUUUUAAGUGAAUGUAUAGGAAAAACCUAGAGAAUGUUCUACUUGUGGUCAUACCUGAAUGGGAAUCAUAAGGACAACUAAGAAUAUUGGGGAGAGUGGUGAAAGAAUGGCUCACAGCUUUUAUCCAAAGUGUCAUUACUACUCAUAAGUGAGAAGUAUUUGGCAUUUAUACUGCAUCUCACAAAUCCUAUGAGGUAAGCGUUAUGAACUUCAAUUUAAAGAUAAGAAAUCAAAUUUGUCCAGGGAUACAACUAGAAAUAGUAUCACCUGGACUCAAUCCAGAUCUUCUGGGCUCAAAUCUAUGUUUUCCCCUCCCACAAGGAGAUGAUUCUAUUCAUUUCCUUAUUCUUCCUCUUCUCAGAACUCCCUUGCUUCUUUUCCUAAUUCUCCUUUCCUUUCCUGCUUCAUUUGUUCCAGUUAAUCUGUCCUUCCUCUCCUUGGUCACUGCAGUCUCAGCUAAUUAGCUUAACACAGUCAUGAGACGAGUAUAUGUGCUGAUUCUAGAAGUAUAUGUUCUAGAGCUCAGCCCCCAUGUAAUGGAAGAGCCAGCCAGGUGGUGCCCUCCUAGUAGGAAGACUUUCCAUCAUCACUAAUAUUUAUUGCAGCCCCAGCUUCUGAGUCCGACACUCUAUGUUCUCUGUGUUACCUAAUUAAUCUUUCCAACAAUCUAGUGAGAUGCGUGUCUUGGACAUAGGUUGGCUACCUAGUGUCUCUUCUCCUUUCUUUGGGUAGUAGCACCCCAGUAACUUGGGUGCCUCCCUCCCUGCCUUUGGACCCGUCUGGCAGAGCUGUAGUCAAGGUGCCAGCUCAACCUACCCAACAACACCCGGGCAGGAACUGGGCAUGUGGAGCCAAGCUAGGGCAGCCAGGUGGUCCCUACCUGGAACCAGAAGAGUGAAGUGUUUUCAAUAGAGAAAACAGCUGGCACUCACUCACUGAACAACAGGACUGCUGAGUGUUUGUCCUGCUGCCAUUCUCUAAGCUGCCUGGAUUCCCAUCCAUUUCUGAGCCUCUCUCUCUAAUCUGAACUCCUGAUAAUCUUCCCAUUCGGAUCCUUUUUCCAGUCAUUCACCUCCAUUCCUAGUCUCACUCAGUAGCUGUGACUGGUAGGGUGGUUGGUGCCGUCCCCUGUCAGGGAUGAAGAAACUGCCACGGGGAGCUCACCAUCUUGCCCAAGGUCUCCCAACAGGUGUAGUUGGGCAGGGUCUGAAUCAGGCAGUCUGACUCACGGCCUGGGUUCCUGAUCCCCAGACCGGACUCCCUGGUUUCCGUCAGGAGCUAUGUUCAGAAACCUAGGGUUACUUCCCCAGGAACAAAGUUGUGCCUCAUGAAGCAAGCUGGACAGGGGAUCUCCUUAGGUACCUCAUCACCCAUCAUCAUCAUCAUAUUAUCCUCAAAGCAGCUGAGACUGCCACCAGAUCUCCUGGGCUGGUUCCCUGCAGACUUGCUAAAGGACCUUCACUCUCUUGUGUUCAUGAUGUGAGGUCUAGCUGAGCUGUGUUGUGAUGACAGUAGUGAUGCUAGCAGUGAUGGAAGUGGGCUAGUGGGGCAUCUGGGAUAUAGACACGGGGAAGUGAACUGAUUGCACUAUCCCUGUUAGGAGUGGUCUGUCCCCGGACCCCUCCCAUUCUCCUCCCACAGAUCUGUAGGGUUGUAUCCAGCCUGGUGGUUUGGACUUAUUAUUUUUCAUGGGCCAAAAUAAAAUGAAGCCCACCCUGUGUGAAUGCCUGACUUCUUUUUGCCAUGACAGGAGAAGGCCAAGGCUGAAGGACUUUGGAACCUUUUUCUACCCCUGGAGACUGAUCCCGAGAAGAAAUAUGGAGCAGGGCUGACCAACAUGGAGUACGCACAUUUGUGUGAGGUCAUGGGCACAUCUCUGUACGCUCCCGAGAUUUUUAACUGUUCUGCUCCAGACACGGGGAACAUGGAGCUUCUCGUUCGAUACGGCACUGAGGAACAGAAGGCCCGCUGGUUGAUUCCAUUGUUAGAGGGAAAGGCUCGCUCCUGUUUCGCUAUGACUGAGCCCCAGGUCGCCUCCUCCGAUGCCACCAACAUCGAGUCUUCCAUCCGAGAGGAAGAUGGCUUCUAUGUCAUCAAUGGUCACAAGUGGUGGAUCACAGGUAUCCUGGAUCCUCGCUGCCAGCUCUGCGUGUUUAUGGGAAAAACAGACCCACAUGCCCCACGCCACCAGCAGCAGUCCAUGCUCUUGGUUCCCAUGGAUACCCCAGGGAUAAAAAUCAUCCGGCCUCUGACGGUGUAUGGGCUGGAGGACGCACCAGGUGGCCAUGGUGAAGUCCUGUUCGAGCAGGUGCGCGUGCCCAAAGAGAACAUCAUCCUGGGCCCCGGCCGGGGCUUUGAGAUCGCCCAGGGCCGACUGGGCCCCGGCAGGAUCCAUCACUGCAUGCGGCUGAUUGGCUGCUCGGAGAGGGCGCUGGCGCUCAUGAAGGCCCGAGUGAAGUCCCGCGUGGCCUUUGGGAAGCCCCUGGUAGAGCAGGGCACGGUCCUGGCAGACAUUGCCCUUUCCCGCGUGGAGAUCGAGCAGGCCCGGCUGCUGGUGCUGAAAGCUGCCCAUGUCAUGGAUGUGGCAGGAAAUAAGGCUGCAGCACUGGAUAUUGCCAUGAUUAAAAUGGUGGCCCCAUCCAUGGCUUCCCGAGUGAUUGAUCGUGCUAUUCAGGCCUUCGGAGCAGCAGGGCUGAGCAGUGACCACCCACUGGCUCAGUUCUUCACUGGAGCCCGAGCCCUGCGCUUUGCUGAUGGCCCUGAUGAGGUGCACCGAGCAGCAGUGGCCAAGAUGGAGCUGAAGCGCCGCAGUUAGACCUGCCGGAGCCAGAUCGUCCCCACCAGGCUUGUCGUGCCCAAAUUUCCUGAUGUGCUUUCAAAGGCCUGAUAUGUGUGCUCCAUGCACCCUGCCUGGCAGCUCUGUCCUGGGACCCUUGUGAACUCAGCCUUGGUGGGUCCCCACAGAAUACACUUCUGUAAGAAGCCUGGAGUUGCCUGUUUCAGGCAAGGAGGAAGGGCAGUAACCAAGAGCUGAGUGGGUUUUGGCACAGAGCCUGAAGAGCUGGUCUUUAGGCCAGGAUGGAGCUGGAUGGGCAGCCGGGCCCCUUCUCUCUGGCUGUGGUUUGCAAAGGCUGUGGGCAUCUGCAUGAAUAUUAGGAGUCCUGCUGGGGUGCUGGGCCUGUGGUUGCUCCCAAUACAGGGCCUUCUGCUCUGUCCCUCCCCACCCCUUCUCCCAGCUGAUGACUGCCGCCUACAAACCUGGGGUGGGAGAACUCCUGGGCAAAAGGAAUGAAACCCAAAUCAUGAAGCCACUGCCAUCUGAUUUUCUUUCUUUGAAUAUCCAAAACACAGAACACUGAAAUGUUAAUUUAGAAAGAAACUUUGGAAACAUGAAAGAAUAAGAAUGCAUACUUCAGAGACAUCAUGAACGCUCUAUAUCAUAUAAAAAGAAUGGAGAAUGAAGGCUGUCACUUCAA